AUGGAUUCAGAUAUAGCUGAAUGGUUAACGAAGUAUUCUGAAAUAGGAAGUAUGAGAAGAGAAUUGGAUGAUAAUCUUUAUAUAUACUUGAAUUUUCUCAAUACAAUAUUAGAAUUAAAGAAUAUGACGUUGAAGUUUUCACAUAGAAAAUCAGAAGUGAUGGAAGAUAUGCAGGAGAUUAAACUACCAGCUCUUAAGAAAGAAUUAAUCAAGUGUAAGGAUUCGAUUGAAGAAAUUGUAAUUAAAUUAGACAAUAUGAUAGUUGAUGAAUAUUGUCUAAGAUGGAAUCAUACACCAAUAGAAGGAGCGUAUAGAGAGUGGUUUAAAGAAAUAAAUAAUAAUAUAACAAAAAUUGAUAUCAUAUUAUUAGACUAUGUGAAAGAUUGUUUUAUUGAGACGAAUGGAGCGAAUAUUUUGAUUAAUUGGAAGGAGACAUUUAAAUUGAUAAAUAACGAAAUAAUAAUUUCUAAGAAUACAACUAACAGAGAAGACGCGGGAAUAAGAACGUGGCGUAUUAAAAAUUUUUUAAAGAUCUUACCAACGUAUGAGACGUUGUGGAAAAGAGGAGUUUGUGGAAUAACAAAUAGUAAAUGUCCUCGAUGCUCAAUAGAAGACGAGACAUGGGAACAUAUUUGGACAUGCGAUUCAAAUAAUUUUAUGACAGAAAUAAAUAUUUUUAAUAGUAGUAUUAAUCAAGUUUUAUUGGAUAAUCAAGACAUGUUGGAUGAUGAUAUAUCACGUAAAGAAUUUAUAGAUACAUUAUUAAGUAUAGCUUCAAGUCGCUCUUUUAUAAUGACAACGGAAGGUAUAAUUAGAGAAGUAACAAGAGGAUUAAUCAAUGAGAAAUGGUUAACUGUUUACAAAAACCAUAAAGAACGAAAACUCGUUUUAUUAAUUCUUAACGAGUAUUUAAAUGAGGUUCAUAAAAAGAUUUGGAUAGAGCGGUGCAACGAGACAAUUGAAUUAGAGAAACAAAUGGGUAUUUUUAAAGAUACUAAACGAAAAAGGAAUAAAAGUAAUGAUGAUGGAAAAAUACUGGAUUUUGAGAAAUUAGAAAAAACUAAAAACAGUAAAAAAAUCAAAAAAUUAGUAAAAAUAGAUUUAGAAGAACAAACAAAAAACGACGUAUUUAGAUUAGGAGAUCAUAAUAGAUUUAAAAUAGCUAGUCAAGUAAUUAGUAAUUUAGUAAAUACUUAGUUUAUGAGAAUAUUUCGUGAAUAGCACGCUGGUUACGAUAGUUUACACUUUAGAAAGAAUUCUAAAGUUUUUAUAUGGAGAGGUGUAGUUAGAAAUAACUAGCUUCAAUGUAUUUUUUUGUAUUUACUAGUUAAUGUAAUGCGUUAUAAUUUACUAAUAAAAUGAAUAAAAUACGUUUAUAAAAAUAAAAAAAAAAAAAUAAAUAG